AUGAAUCGCGGCGCGAUAAUUGCGCACCUAAUUACGGCCGGGGAGCCGUCUAAUUUGUCACUGUCGGAUUAUGGAUCGGGAACGGCGUUAAUUAAACAUGCAUUAUAUUUGUGGUGGGACGUGUCGUCGGGACCACGCGCCGCGGGCUACGCGAAACAAUUGGCUUUCGAACUAAUUCGGGGGCUAUUGAAACUUGGCCGUUCGGACGUUUUGCCCGCCCUCUGCGGACGCGUCGGCCGACGUUUGCGCGAUCACAAUGAAAAUUAUCCACUUGCACCCGCG